UUUAGGUUAAUCCAUAUUUAUUGGCUUCAAGCCAUUUCGAAUAGCACUUUGUUAACAUGCAGUUCUUGUUGCAGGGGACGUGCACGGACAGUAUCGUGAUUUGUUGCGAAUUUUUGAAAUUCGCGGUUUUCCACCGGCUUCGAACUACCUGUUCCUUGGAAAUUACACGGGUCAUGGAAAAUGGAGCCUUGAGACCAUAUGUUUGUUAUUGGCGUAUAAAGUGAAAUACUCCAACAAUGUUUACUUACUCCGUGGAAGCAGUGAGGCGGCCAAGAUUGUCCGUUCGUCGGCAUUUUAUGACGACUGGUUAGUUUAGCU